AAAUAACACUUGAAAUUCAAUACCAUGAAAUAAUACGUGCAUUCAGUAAUACCAAAUACCGACAAAUUCAGUAUGUUGUUCGGUAUAAUACCAAACACCGACAAAACAAAUUAUUUAAUUAAUUUAGCAGUACUUCCUUGCUAGUACAAGCAGAUUAAUUAACAAAUUUUAAUUCUUUUUUCCCAUUGGAAAGCAACAAAUUGAAUAAUGCUAAUAAUGAGGUAUCAACAAUCUUACCUCUUUUAUUAUAUUUAGGAAACAUACGAGAAAGAAUUAGUUCUGUCAUAUGGUUUGAAAAAGUCUAAUUAGAACCUCUAAUCAAAAUCCAAUUCAAAAAAUUUCCAUCAUUUUAAGUUCAUAAUCGAAACCCACUAGUCCGUAUUAAUAAUAAUUCAUAUCAUGAUGGAGGUUCGGAGGCCCCCAUAAUUUAGAGGUACUGGGGCUGGAGGGUGUGAAACAAAGGAUAGUUCAUUCUUGGGGCGAAUCAAUAGAUACUACUGCUAUGGGAUAGACCGUAACUUCAGGAUCAAUCUCAAUGAUUUAUGAUGUAACGAGCUUAGUAUAGAUCCUUAGCCCACUCUAGGUCUUUAACCGAACUUGGGACUAGUCAUGGAAAAACUUGAUCAACAUCCUUCUGUCCUGCUAACACACUCUUAGGACCGGCCCUGAUCUCUCUAUACUCAUGACAAUAUUGAUUCCCUAGAAAAGACACAUACAACUAGAUUGUUGACCAACAAGCACUAUACUAAUGCCUGCAUAAUAACUAUAUUUUGGGUCGAGAAUCAUCAUAUCGAAUUAUUACCCACAAGUCUUUUUUUUAGAGUACGUUUUAAGAGAUUAUAUUGACAAAAAUCGAAAGAUCUAUAUUUGCAGAUUUUUUAAAACUCCAAGUUUACUUAUUUAGGCUUGAAUAACAAAAUUUCUCUUAUUUUUCUCAAUUUUAGUGUGCUAUUGCCUUCUUACUUAUGUUUUCGGAUGACCAAACUGAAGCAAGCAAAUAAGUUCAAUGAUUGAUGACUAGUGCAAUAAUCUGACCUUUUUGUUUUGGGCUUUUGGCAGAAUUCCGCCUUUAUAAUCCUUUACAUUUUUGUGCAUUAUGCCACGUCAGCACUACUAGGAAUAGAUUCUUCCGCAGUUUUCAACGAAUUUCACUUCCGCGGCAAAAAGGAAUAGAUUCUUCGCAGUUUUCAACGAAUUUCAUUGUAGGCAACCCGUUCGAUGAAAUGCGGCAGUGACAAUGAACAUCGUUUUCCUAAUUUCCUCUGUCCACUCGUCUUUUUCCUCCCUCAUGCUCGCUUUAGUGGUUCGGAGCUUCUGGGUGAGGUUGCUGCCGGCGUUUUGUUUGGAGCUCCGCUAAAAUGGCGAUUCUCAGCUGGCUACCAAGAGUGUGCAGGCGCAACUCCUUCCGACGCUUUCUGCCUCAAAGCAUCAACUCCAGCCGAGCCAGUCCGUUGCUGGACUGUACAGGAGGAUCCACGGAAAGAUUACGAGGUUUCACGGGUUGCUCGUCUCUUUCAGCUGCACCUGGUAGUCUUCCUAAGGGCUUGACUAUUAUGACAUUGGCUACUGAUUUGGCUGACCUUGUUGAGGAAACUCCCAAUCCUGAUGACGAAAAGGCACCAGAAAGUCGGGUAAAGUUGAAGAGAUACCUUGAACUCCGAGUGAAGAAGAGAGUGAAAGAGCAUUACGUUGAUGGGAAGUUUGAGAAUUUAAUGAUGAAUGUCAUUGCAAACCCAGAAACUCUUGAGGAUGCUUACAGUUGCAUCAGGCUCAACUCGAAUGUCGAUAUCUCAUCGGACGGCCAUACCAUCUCGUUUCAAUCCUUGGCUGAUGAGCUCUCGAGUGGGACUUUUAGCAUUGAGGAGAAUACGUUUUCCAUCUCAACAAGGGGGAAGGUGAAAGAAGUACUUGUCUUACCUAACCUGAAGUUAUCCGUGGUUCAGGAGGCUAUCAGGUUGGUGUUGGAAGUUGUCUACAGGCCUUAUUUCUCUAAGAUAUCACAUGGUUGUAGGAGUGGGAGAAGCCAUUCUACUGCUUUAAAGUACAUCAGGAAAGAGUUCAGGAAUCCAGAUUGGUUGUUUUCAGUGAUCUUAAGUAAAAAAUUAGAUGCUUUUCUUUUUGCCAACCUUAGAUCAGCCAUGGAGGAAAAAAUUAAAGAUACCUGCUUGCUCGAUGUGAUUCAGAGAAUGUUUGAGGCUGAGGUGCUAAAUUUAGAGUUUGGUGGUUUCCCUAAAGGGCAUGGUCUCCCGCAAGAAGGUGUGUUGUCUCCUAUAUUGAUGAACAUAUAUCUUGAUCUCUUUGACCGAGAAUUUUACAGGCUGUCGUUGAAAUAUGAAGCUCUCUGUCCAGGCGGUCCAUUAGGUGAAGAAGUGUCGCAUUCUAGUCUGCGGACUUGGUUUAAGAGGCAGAUGAAAUGUAGUGAUAAUAGGGAUGAGAAGGAGCCUGGUCCAAGAAUAUUUUGUUGUCGAUUCAUGGAUGAGUUACUUUUUGCAGUUUCAGGACCCAAAGAUGUUGCUCUUGGUUUCAAAUCUGAGGUUAUAGAUUUCUUGAAUAACUGUUUGCACUUAGAUGCUAGUAGUGAUGCAGAAAUAUCAUCUAGUACCAGAUGUCAAGGCAUUCGGUUUCUAGGUACAUUGGUUAGGAGAGAGAUUAAGGAGACCUCUGCUGUAAAGGCUGUUCACAAGUUAAAGGAGAAAGUGAGGUUAUUUACAUCGCAGAAACAGGAGGCAUGGGAUAGAGGCGUAGUUAGAAUAGGAAGAAAAUGGUUAGGUCAUGGUUUGAGAAAGGUCAAAGAGUCAGAGAUUAAGCAUUUAUCUGACCCGGAGUCUCUCUUAAACCAAAUUUCUUCCUUUCGCAAACCUGGGAUGGAAACUGAUCAUUGGUACAAGCUUCUGGUCAAGAUAUGGGUACAAAACCUUGAUGCUAAAGUUGUAAGAAGCGAGCAGCUCAUCUUUUCUGGCAUUGUGGAACCUGCCCUCCCAAAUGAGCUCAGAGAUUCCUACUUGGAAUUCAAGAAGUGUGCAGAAAGAUAUGUUCAUUCUGAGACAGCUACAACACUUGCCCUUCUGCCAAGUUCUAAUCACUCCCCUGCUGAAACGGUUACAAAGAUUAUUGCACCUGUUUAUGCCAUUCAAAAACGUUUGUUCCGAUAUGGAUUAGCCACUUAUAGAGGACACCCUUGUGCAGCACGCUUACUGAUGUUACAGGAUGACAUCCAAAUCUUUGAUUGGUUCCAUGGCAUAGUCAGCCGUUGGCUUAGGUGGUACAGCUACUGUGAUAACUUAUCUGAAGUUGAAGCCAUGGUUCGAUAUCAGCUGAGGAAAUCUUGCAUCCGUACUCUAGCUGCAAAGUAUCGAAUCCAUGAGGAUGACAUUGAGAAACGAUUUGACGUUGAACUGAGUAAGAUCUCGUCAUCUGUGGAUGACCUAGAUGAAGAUAUCGGGUUUGAUUCAUCGGAAGUGAAAAAAUUGUGUGAUGAUGAUGCUGGAGCCAUGACAUAUGGAGUUUCAUAUAGUGGCUCAUGUUUGUUAUCAUUAGCAAGAAUGGUGAGCGAGCAAAGGCCGUGUGACUGUUUUGUUAUAGGGUGCUCAGCUGCAGCACCAUCUGUUUAUACUCUACAUGUGAUGGAGAGGCAGAAGUUUCCUGGAUGGAAGACGGGGUUUUCAACUUGUAUUCAUCCCAGUUUAAACAAAAGGCGAAUUGGGCUGUGUAAGCAACACUUGCAGGAUUUGUAUCUUGGUCGAAUAUCACUUCAGUCAGUUGAUUUUGGUUCAUGGAACUAAACGUUUUCCUCACUUGAUUGGAUAAAGCCACCUAAGAUCAAGCUGGCACGGCUAUGAGAAACAAAGGAGUAAGAUGGUAUUAGCUCAAAUUCAAACUUGUUAUAUCUUUAGGCUUCUGGCUUGUACAUAAUCAGUAAUCUUCUUUACAUUAUUAUUAUUAUGUACUACAAAGUUGAACUUCACACAUGGAUUGCUACUGUUUGUCUUUACCAGCGUUGAUGGCUGCAAGAAUCACCUGCCACUGCAUAUCCUAAUGAUUCACAAGGUAACUUGAUAGGUGUAUUUUUACGUUUCCUGUUCUUAAACCCUCUCUUGGAUUUAGUAGAGGCUGUAGAUAACGCUUCAUAUUCGCAGAGCAAUAAUCUUUGACAAUAAUGCUGCCCAGUGAUUUUUUGAUUUCCGGUUACUAGUUGAUAGAUUAUCAGACAUCUCAUUUUGCAAAUAUAACAAUCCAACAAUGUGCUUAGGCAUUCUAAAUUUGUUGAAAGGAAGUGAUAAAGACGAACCCUUCUC